CCCGCGCCAAACAAACGUGAGCCACCCGGACCCUGGCGAGCGGCUGAGCGGGGCGGCCGGGAGCGUCCCGUCCUGCGGCGCCCGAUCGCCGGCUGCAGACCCCGCUGCGCCCGCUGCGAGCGCGUCUGGGCAGGCCCGGGCCAGCGUCGCCGGGCCUUCCGCGGCGCCCAGUCAUGAGAAACACCAAGGAGGUGCCGGGCGCCGGGCACCGCUACGCCCCCUGCGACUGGUAUUACCACCUCCCAGCCAAGCGCUCUGAGAAGGCUGUGGGCACCCCGCCGACGUCCCAGAUCCCAGGGCUCAGCAACCUGGGGGACGCACAGGACCGGAACACGCUGGGGGCCCGGAGGUACUGGAUCAAGGACACGGACUCUGAGUACGUGAAGCUCGCCAAGCAGGGUGGCAGACCUGAUUUGCUGAAGCACCUUGCAUCUGGGAGCAGGAAGGGCUCCCCGGUGGCCUACGCCCUGCCGGACUGGUACACCCACCACAGCAAGCCGCCCACCGCCAGCCAGCGCCCGGUGCCUGCCGUGUCCAUGCCAGACUACAUGGUGUACGAAGAGUUCCACCCCAGCCAGGCCAACGGGAGCUACGAGUCCAGAAGGGGCCCCUUCGAUUUCGACAUGAAAACGGUUUGGCAGAGAGAGGCCGAAGAGCUUGAGGACAGAAAGAAGGUGCGGCUGCCAGCCAUUAACUCAAAGCAUCUAAGCAAAGUGGGUACGCCACUGGGCCCCAGAGACCCCGCUGGCAGCAGGCUGUCCUUCCCGCCCAUGCCGGGUCAGAAAACCAGUUCCCCAACCAACUUCUCCAAACUCAUCAGCAAUGGUUACAAGGAUGAGUGGUUACAGCAGCACCAGCGAGCCGAUUCUGAUAAGAAGACCCGAAAGGCAUCCAGGGCGUUGGUGUCAUCCCAGCCCACACAAGACGACAAGGGGCCCCAGGAUGCAAACUCACCACAGGACACAGAGUCUCCGCAGGACACCCAAGCUCCGGAAGUCUCCGACAGAGCUGAAGGGACAGAAGCCUCUCCGCCUACACCGACACCGGCAGAGCUGAAGUAAACCUGGUGUAACCUUCGGAUCACUGUCCCGGGAGCCCACGGCGAGCGGACUGUCACCGCUGCAUUUCCGCGGCCUUUGAUGAACAGAGCCCGUGAAGGAUCAAUGCACCGUGCCGCAGACUGGAUGUCACUAUGCGGGGCUGCGGUGGCGCCCGCCUCUCCUCC